GCCCGCGGAGCCGCGCGCCCCCGCGCGCGUGGGGGGCGCCGGCGGCCGCGCGUGUGGCGACGCGGGCGCGCGUGUCCGUGUGCGAGCGUGUCCGUGUCCGUGUGUGUGCGCCCGCGCCCGUGUGUGCGUGCGGCGGAGCGAGCGAGCGAGUGAGUGACUGAGCGAGCAGGAGUGAGUGAGUGCGGGCGUGCGGCUGCCGCCGCCGCCGGAUCGGUUUCUCGGGGUUUGACCAGCUGUCCCAGGCUAACCCUGCUCUCUGAAGAUGGAGGAAGUAAAAACAGGAUUACCCUUAGCUACAGCUCCACUGCCUUAGUUUCCAUAGCCAACUGCCGUGCACAAACACACCUCCACUAGGCAGAGAGAGCCGACACUAAUAAAAACACAAACAAAAGGGUGAUGGAAGUGAUUCACUGCCUGCGCGGCUGAGUAUGUGCCAUUCCUGAGCGAGUUUUCCUGCCGGCUCAUCCCCGGGGCUGCCCGGCUGCCCGGCUCCGCAUGCCCCACCUCACUGCACUUUGACUAUGGAAGCAGAGGCUGCUGAUGGAUAUAUAACAUCAGGUGACAACGAGCUUUCGCCCGAAAGGGAGCACUCCGGCAUGGCCAUUGACCUCACCUCCAGCACACCCAAUGGGCAGCAUACCUCCCCCAGUCACAUGGCAAGCACAAAUUCAGUAAAGCUAGAAAUGCAAAGUGAUGAGGAAUGUGACAGGAAGCCCCUGAGUCAGGAAGAUGAGAUCAGGGCUCAUGAUGAAGGAAGCAGCCUGGAAGACCCCCUCACUGAGAGUAACGAGAUGGCGGAUAACAGAAAGAUCCAGGAGCUAUCGAGCGAGGGAGGAAUCCGGCUUCCGAAUGGUAAACUGAAAUGUGACGUCUGUGGCAUGGUUUGCAUUGGGCCCAAUGUGCUAAUGGUACAUAAAAGGAGCCACACUGGUGAACGCCCUUUCCACUGUAACCAAUGUGGAGCUUCUUUUACCCAGAAGGGGAACCUGCUGAGGCACAUCAAGUUGCACUCUGGGGAGAAACCGUUCAAAUGUCCCUUCUGCAGCUAUGCCUGCCGACGGAGGGACGCCCUCACAGGACACCUCAGGACGCACUCUGUGGGGAAGCCUCACAAGUGCAACUACUGCGGCCGGAGUUACAAGCAGCGCAGUUCGCUGGAGGAGCACAAGGAACGCUGCCACAACUAUCUGCAGAAUGUCAGUAUGGAGGCUGCUGGGCAGGUCAUGAGUCACCAUGUACCUCCUAUGGAAGAUUGUAAGGAACAAGAGCCUGUGAUGGACAACAAUAUUUCUCUGGUGCCUUUUGAGAGACCUGCUGUUAUAGAGAAGCUGACAAGCAACAUGGGAAAGCGUAAAAGCUCCACCCCACAGAAGUUUGUGGGUGAAAAGCUCAUGAGAUUUGGCUAUCCAGAUAUUCCCUUUGAUAUGAACCUGUCCUAUGAGAAGGAGGCUGAGCUGAUGCAGUCUCACAUGAUGGACCAAGCCAUCAACAAUGCAAUCACCUACCUUGGAGCUGAGGCACUUCACCCCCUGAUGCAGCACACACCAAGCACAAUUGCAGAGGUGGCCCCCGUCAUCAGCUCAGCUUACGCUCAGGUCUAUCAUCCUAACAGGAUAGAAAGGCCCAUUAGUAGGGAAACAGCUGACAGUCAUGAGAACAACAUGGAUGGCCCGAUCUCCCUCAUCAGACCAAAGAGUCGAACCCAGGAUAGAGAGGGCUCCCCCAGCAAUAGCUGCCUGGAUUCUACUGACUCAGAGAGCAGCCACGAAGACCGCCAGUCCUACCAAGGAAACUCUGCCUUAAAUCCCAAGAGAAAGCCAAGCCCGGCUUAUAUGAAGGAGGACGUCAAGGCUUUGGAUGCCACAAAAGCUUCUAAGGGCUCUUUAAAGGAUAUCUACAAGGUCAUCAACGGAGAAGGGGAGCAGAUUAGGGCUUUCAAGUGCGAGCACUGUCGCGUCCUUUUCCUGGACCAUGUCAUGUACACCAUCCACAUGGGCUGCCAUGGCUACCGGGACCCGCUAGAGUGCAACAUCUGUGGCUACCGAAGCCAGGACCGCUAUGAGUUCUCGUCGCACAUAGUCCGAGGGGAGCACACAUUCCACUAGGCCUUCUCAUCCAAAGGGGACUCGUAUGAAGUAGAACUGCACAUGAAGAAAUACUGCACUUACAAUCCCACUUUUCCUCAGACAUUGAGAUGCCUAUUUUGUUGUUGUUGCUGUUGUUGUUGUUGCUGUUGUUUAAUUAUUAUUAUUAACCUUAUUUUUUGUGGACCCAACCUCAUUUGCUCUGCCCAGCUUAAUGGAAAGAAGGAAGGGAAGGGAUAAAAGAGGGGUUUGUGACCUGCCUCGCUUUCUGUGGGAAUUGAAAGGCAGUCCAUUUCUGUCUCAGUCAGCUGUACGUCGUGUCCUGUCUUGGGAUAUCACUCAACCCUGCUAGGUGCUUUAAAGUCCCGAUGAGAUGCCACUCAUUUAUGAUUUCAGACAAAUAGGUAGAAACAUUUCAGAGGAGAGCCCUUUUCAAAUGUGUAGAUAGGGUGCUGGGUUUUGGUGGCUGGAGGAAAGGGGGAGGGAACUUUAUUCUGCAGAAUGAACAAUUCUGUUUAAAUCAAAACUGUUAGGGAUUUAGGAGCACGAAUCAAAGUCCAUAUUCCUUUCAAAAUUACUUUCUAGGGUGAGCUGUUUUCCUGGGUUCAGUGUGUAUUGCCCCUCUAGAAUGUAAAUAAAAUAAAAUCUAAAAAAAGAAGUAUAUGUCUUAACACUGUACCACGUUACAGCAGUUUAGUUUCAUAAGUCUGAGGGCCUUCUGUGGUAAGUCUAAAGCUUUGUAUUUUUAUUUUCCUUAACUUACGAAGCACCUUUUUUAGAACUGUUGAUUUGCUGUUACUCCAUGCCUAUGUGUUGACUCACUGGCUUCUUAGAGAUCCUUGGGAGCCUUACUUAUUUAGUUGCACCCCAUGUUUUAAGAGAUAGCAUUUAGAAAUAACAUUUAAACUUGCUUCUAGGACAGUAAGUGGUCUAGGAGUGGGUGAAAGAGUCUGUAGUUUACUCAAGAGGUUCUGCUGCUCUUCUGAAAUAAUUUUGUUAUAAAAUUAUCGAUUUUAAAAGGACAAAAGUACUAGUAACAAAGUGUUCUUUAAAUAUAGGUAUAUAUAGGUAAAUAAUUAUAUAAAUACUUUCUCAUUCUAUUGUCACAGUGUUAACCUCUUGGCAACAGCCUAAACUAAGACUUGCAGAUGGGAAAACGCUAGGAGCCAGAUCCUUGGCCGGCAUUAAUCCUCUCAGCGCCAUUGAAUUUAAUGGAACUACCCCAACAACUUCAGCUACAUCAGGAUCCGAGCCUUGACCGUUUUUUCUCUUGUUGACAUCUUAUUUGCUAAUCUGCUGAACUGAUGACUUCCUUUUGGGUUUAAGUCAUUGAUUCUGCUUUUAAUUUAGGGGUAGAAGUGUUUGCAGGUUUUGCUGGAUAGCCUUUUCUUUUGGAGAGCACAGAAGCCCUGCAAACCAACAGGUUGCAUAUGACAUUGCUUGCUUCUUCAGAAAGUGAUACAUGGAGAUGCAGGUGCUGUACUUUGAUUUGGAUUUGCAGAUUCCAUUUUUUUUCCUAAUUUAUUCAUUUCACUGUGGGGAAAACAUGGAGAAACAAACUCCAGAGCAAGUCCUUGAACUACAGAGUGGACAAGAAAAAAACCCCACCAAUCUGUUUUGUUUCCUUUCUUUCUCUCCCAGUGAAUAACAAAACCAGCAACCACCCAGCAAGUCGCAGGUUGCAUCAGUAAAAACUGGGCUUAAACCUACGUGACAGAUUGCCAUUGAAACCCAACUGUUUGUACCAAUCACAAUUGAAAUGUUGUUGUUUGGCAACAAGAGCACAGCUUGAGAAUGGGAAGAUCUGCAUGGGUUUAACCCCCUCCAUGCACACAGCCUCCAUGCGCUUGAUGAGACCUUUUCCAAAGUAUAAUGUUACUAAAGUAUAAAAGAGAGAGCAAGAUCAGGCCAUAAUGAAUUCCCAUCUGCUCACUUCAAUCUGCGUACUCGGUGCAUAUGCCAGUUUGCUGUUCGUUUUGAGGGUACUGGGUUGUUUUUUUUUUCUCUUCCUAGACCUGGAGCAUUUGAAAGUAGGAGCUGAGUGGUAUUGAUUGAAAUCUUUUUACAGUGACACUCUUGGCAGCUAGAACCUGUGUUUAGAAAGGAUACAGUAGAUCAUGGCCAGAUUACCUGAUGACUGCUUCCCAGCACUGAAAUGCUAUUAAGUAGGAGCUGGUAAAGUCUUGCAGUAGCCUAUUAAUUAUAGUACAAUAUGGAGAGAAAUGUCAUCUUGUGUAAUAUGAGAGCUAUCAAGGCUGGGAAUAUACGGGCUUUGGAGAGACAGAUUUAAAGACCUAUUCCCAACAUUGUUCUUAAUGUCGUUGCGUUGCUCCCCCUCCUCCUUUCUUCAUCCUAAUGUAGGGGAAACUCAGGCAAAUGAACCACUGCCGUCCUCCAGACCAUUCUCAUUUUCUUGUGCUUGGUGCGAUCAAAGGAGUUCAUGCAGGACAAAAGCAGAGAGAUGCUGGAGGGCAUCACUUUUUUUUCCGUAACGUCUGAUUCUCUGUGGCUAUGAAGGUUGGCUUAGGAGGCAGUUGGCCAUGUUCUGCAUUGGGAUGUGCUUGGAAAUUCAGAAAAGGGGGGUUGCUUUUAUAGCAUACCACCAAAAAAAAAAAAAAAAAAAAAAGUAAGUGGAAAAAUGGUUGUGAUUUUUGCUGAGGCAGGAAGGGUCUUUCAAGAACAGUGAACAAAGGGAAAGAUGCUGGGCCUGAAGGUCACCAGGCUUGCAUGGGCCUCCAGAAGGACAAGUGCCUGAGCCAGAGAAAAAGGUUGCCGGCAAUCCCUUUCAGUCUGAGGGGAGCAACACUGUUCUUUUCUCUGUGGUCAGUGGAGAGAACACAGGCUAUGGUUUCUUGAAUAGUUGCCCUAGGUAAAAAGUGUAAAAAAUUUCUGCCUGUGUUUGGGAAAGCACUGGAAUGUGGGAAAGGCAGAGACUGUCUUGCGUAUCCGCAAAUAAGUUGUCUGCAAUUAUAUCUGCAUUUUGUUAGUGUGCACUUUCAUUCAUAGAUAUGAUAUUCUGUGGAUGUUUAAAAGAUCAGAUGGGGAGGCUCAGUGGUUUUGUAGCUGGCUUCGGUUAAGCUUCUUGUUCCAAUGGUAGCAUGUGAGAUCUGUGUGUGAGUACUGCCUUUUCCUGGGAUCACAGGCACAGAGAACUGGGGAGGCAGUGGGGAAACACGCCAGCUUAGUUAUCUUCAAAAAAUUGCAUUUUUUGGAGAGCAAGAAGCUGAGGAGUUACUUUAAUUUUUAUUAUCGAUGUCCUUUUCUGAACAAUCACUGCAGUUUUUCAUCCUGGAGCUAGGGAAGGUAAAAAGAUUAAAUACUGGUUAAAAUUUUGAACAGUUUUGGACUAGCAUAUAUUUUAGUAUUCACUUUCUACUGAAAAUUAUUGGAGGGUUUUAUAUAGAGUAGUUUGCCCCUACAGGGAAGUGUGCAAAAUGGGGCCUCAAGAGAUUUUUUGUUGUUGUUGUUGUUGUUGCUUGCUCUCUGCUGAUUUCUAAGAAAAGCUCUUCAGUUUUGUUGAGUUCGUUAGUCAUUCACAGUGUACUAGGAAUUUCAGUAGAUAAUCCUUGGCCUGCAGAUCCAUUUGUUCUAAGUAUUUGGUGUAGGAAAUUGAACCUGGCUGAUUUUUAUUGGACUCUCUUGAAAUUCUUGGAAUCAGGUUUCCAGUUAAAAACAUGCAUUUGCAAAUUUAGAAUUGGCUUCCUGCGAACAUUCCCCAUUUUCAUUAAAAAAAAGAAAAGCAAUUUCUGCACACAUCCCUGCCAGUAAACCUUUUUUCUUCUUUUUACAUCAAAUAGCAAGAUUCUGACUCAAUUUAGAGUAUUACAGGCCUAUUAAUUGAAAUAGGAGUGUGACUGCUUAUUCUCUUGGUAUGAUCCAUAUUCUUGGAGCAAAGGGCAUUAUCUAUAUAUCUGCUGUUAUGGCCAAUGAAUUUUACAGCCACCUCUCUUUGCAAUCAGUUAGGAGUGCACAUCAAAAUAUAUAGCAUUUUUCAGGAAAGCCAGCUUUUUACUCAGUAACUUAUGGGUUUAAAACAAUUUUAUUCUCCUUAAAAAGUGCUUCCAUCUAUGAUGUGAUGUGAAAGGUGUCUAGGCAUUAACCUCUCUUGGUCUGUAUUAGGGAGAAAGAAUCUAAAUUUGUUAAUUGGCCUGAUUUUUUUGAUGGUAGUAGUUUCUACUGUGUGAGGACACAGCUUGCAAAAUAGCCAUGUGGAACUAAAGUAUAUUUUACUACAAGGUGAAGAAAUUCCCAAUUUUGAGAGUUUCCAAAUUUCUUUCUGUUUACAAGGGCAUUCCUAAAUCGGGGCUGUCAGGCAAAAGCAGAGGCCAGGAAUUAAACCAAACCUUUCCAAACUGGCCUUUAAUAGGACAUUAUUACUGUUGUCUAGGUCCUGAGCUAGCUUUUUUGUGUUUGAAAGAAGCCAGACAACAGACACUGCUUCCUCCGGAAAGAAACUUUGGAGAUAAUUUAGGGAAAGGUGCUUAUUUCAGCCACGGACAGGAGCUGCAGCAAUACAGUUCCUUAGCUAGGUAAUAUUCCUGCCCUUAACUCUCGAUGUGCGUUAUGACAUAAUGAAGAGGGAGAAGGGAGGCUGCACUGAUACUGGAGUCGCCUAAACUCAGUGUGGGAUUUGAGGAAAAGUGUGAUGAAAUUGGCUUUGACGCUACGAAGUUGCAUCUUAGCUUGGCUUAGUAUCAUUUAAAAACAAGAAUGGAUGGUGAUAAUGGCCUGUGGUCUAGGGCAGCUGGAGAUUCUGAGAAAGUAUAUUUAUAUAUAUGGUAUCGUAUAAUUAGAUAUAUGCUUUAUUGUUUAUGUGCCUUUUUCAAAUGCAUUUUGGAAGUUUGUGAUGUCGUUCAUGAUAUCCUCCCAUACCCUUUCAGAAUGCACGACAAAACACAACCCAAAGCAAACAUCCCCUCUCCUAUGGCGCAGUGAGUGAUCCCUCUCCCCUUCCACACCCCCUUGGCAGCUCGACCCGGAGAGAGGACCAUUUUAGUAAUUUGCUGUGAGAUUUCCUGCAGUCAGCUGGCUUUUAGGAGUGGGAAGGGCUGAAAAUUACCCUAGCGGAGUGCAUUCCAGCAGCCCAGCCAGAGCUGGUCUCGGAGCUGGUCCCAACCACCACGGCGUCCCCAGCGCAGUGCCGAGACUCACUGCAAAAGCCCCCAGCUGCACAGCGCCCUGUGGGGUGCCAGGACAGGGGGCUCCUGCCUGCUGCCCCUCCAGAGCUUUAACUCAGACCUGCUUGAAAAUGGACUUAGCUGUGCUUUUAAAUUCCGAUUUAGGAACAGCAGCAGACUUUAAAGCAUCUGCCGCUUGCUUCAACCCAGAAAAAGAAAUCCGGCAAGAACAAAAGUCCUUUGGAAAUGGUUUGCAAGUUUGACUGUCGUGCUGCUGCCACCUUAACAAUUGACAGAGAGAUGAGAGAGGCCCAUCUGUGGAAGAUGUUAUGGGGGCUUACUAGCUGGAACACUUUGGUGAAAAGCGCAGUGUUUGCUUCGGUACUUUCCUGGCAGGUUGGUGACCUAGUUUCAGAUCUAGUUAUUUACCCUGUGCGGGUGCAGCACCUCAGCGUGCAGCAUGUGCACGGCAUCACGCCUGCCAGCAGGGCAUGUCACCAUGCCAGCAUGCCACCCGGCAGACCCCGAGCCCGCAGCAGCCUGGCACCGGCUCCUCAGCACCUCUCUGGCAGGCUCCGGGCCCACGGCAGUCACAGAGAGUGCGUGGGACGAGGAAUUAGGUAGGGAAGGGGCAGAAUGUGUUUUGUAGUAAAUGUGUUCCCUUUUAUCCCAUGAAGGGUUGUCCCGAAGUAUGGGCCCAGGACAUGAUCACCAGUUUCUAACGUAGCCUCCUACGGCCGUGCCUGGAAGGGUGUGAUUUGUAUCCUCCUCUGCUGAGGCUCUGAAGUGAGUAGAGGACAGGCAGGAGCGGGUGGUGUGCCGAUGUUUUGCCGUGCUUCACGCUUAACAGGCCAAGGUAACGAUAAAACCAGUACCUGAUUUAAAUCACCUGGCUUUUCAGUUGAUCACACAGACAAGCAUUCCCGGUUCCUGUUCGCUUCCAGCCUUUGGAAAGGUGGUUAUGGGUAGGUCCAUGUGUGUCCUCAUUCAGGAGCGUAAUCGCCCGUGCUCUCUCCUUCUGUAAAAACUCUUCCUUUACGUACCAGUCUUGGGACCUAAUCAGUCAGUGGACAGAAAUAACCAUUUCAAGAAAGACUUGCAUUGCUUUAUUAUUUACAUAAUAUUGCUCAUAUUAUUUACAGUUCAAAAAAAGAACGAAUACUGUGAUGUAUUUACUGGCAGCAUGGGAAGUAUUUUAACAGAGUGAAUGACAAUGAAAUUAAUCAGUGUGUGUCUCACGAGGGGCUCGUAUAGAUGUGUACCCUGUAUGGAGAAAGGGAGCAACUUGACCCAGAGCUGGGGCUGAUGCUCCCUUCCUGCAGCAGGUAUUGAUUUAGGCGACUGCACUGCAGCCCAGGAAAACGUUUGAGCACGAUUAGCCUCCUGCCAUCCCUUCGAUUAGAUCUGGAAUGCACAGGAGCUUUGCAGUUAACCGUGUGCUUAAUAAUUACUGUUAUGUGUGAGAUCAGGGCCUUAUUUGCUAAUUGGCACAGCGCAGCAGCCCUGGCUAGGUCUCGGUUGUCAGCCCUCGGUGGCGGGGCCCGGCGGUGAAGACGCCUUCCCUUAUAUUUGUGUAGUAGCCUUAAUCCCUCGCACUCGGCGGUACGCGAAUACCGGCAGCCUCUGGUCUGUAUUCUCAAUCACGGAUAAAAUACGGAUGCCUCCGGCAAAGCAUGGUGGAGAGUGUGACUCUGUUAUUGGCACAACGAGGCCAGUUUGCAGUAAAUUGGGCCAUUUAGUUUUACCUCAAGUGACAUCAAAUAAGAAAAGCUUCUUGAAGGGGUAGAGGUCACUGAAUCCCCUACUAUGCACUUACUGGGAUUUGACGUUGCUUACUGGAAAUGGAUGUUCUUCGUUCCUGAACACACUGUAACAAGGGAAGGACUUUUUGGUUAUUUUUGUAGUCGUUCAGAUUCUGAAACUGUGAUCAAUUAUUUGACGAAUUGUCAAGUGUCCUCAGAGCUUGAACACGUUCAGUUCCUCUGCCAUGUAGCAGUCUCCUCUGGCUUUCCGUGGUUCUCUUUCUCUCACCCCCUUUUCCUCCUCUGAGCUUUAAGUCUGGGCCUGCUCUUAUCUCUUGUAGCUUUGGGCUGUCUAGGGGUUUUGGGGUUUGUUUUGGGGGUUUUUUUGUUCAUUGGCUGUACAGUCUGUUUACAUAUUUUUGUACUCAAGUGUAGUUUUAUAUUAAAAACAGGAAAAAGAAAAAAAGAUAGUUGAUUUGAGAAAAAAAAAUUAAGGUACGUGCUCUUCAUAACACUGUAAAGAUCUAGGGUACCUUCCGAGAUGACUCCACAGUGAUGUAAUUAUAAUACUGUAUAUUUGCCUUCCUUUUUAGUUGGUUUUAUUUUCUGGUUGUAUUUUUUUUUCCUAAAAUGUAUAUCUUUUUAUGAGAAACUGGAAACUUUUAAUGCAAAUGUUUAGAAAGAUUUAAAAUUGUAAAUUAAAAAAAGUCAUAUAAUUUUUUUUUUUUUCCUCUUGGAAGAAAAUGCUUUAAAAAAAAGUUUUACUACUGUUGUAUUCCAGGGUGGGGGUUACCAACCCCAGAUUUGCUUCUAAUGCUUCAUUCUUGGAUCCUGCUUUCUAAACAUGCUCAUUGCAGACAUGGAUGAUUUGCUUAUCUUACUUUUAAAAAAAAAAAAAAACAAAACGAAACACCAACAAAACCACCUUUUUGGGUUAUUUUUCUGUUCAAGUGCAAUACUUUCCCUGACAUCGUGUUAAUGUACAGUGGUUUCUUUUUUUCUUUCCUCAGUCCACACAAGUCAGUGAAACAAAAUGCUGUCUUAAAUACAUUCAAAGAUAAAUGUUCAAGUAAAUUAAAAUUUUGAUUGACAAAAGGUGAGAAACUGUAAAUUAAGGCUAAAGCCCAUACCUUAACUCCAACUUUUAUUUGACAUUGAAACACAUCCCUUGUAUGAAUUAAGGACAUACCUGUUCUUGCUUCUUCCUUCCUUCCUUUUCUUUUCUAAUUGCAGCUUUCUCUUCAAGAAAAGCACUUAAUAUUGAUGUUUAUUAAAAAUAACAAAAAAAAUAUAUAAAAAGAUCUUUUGGUCUAAUCCAAAACCCACUCAGUGGAGACUCUUGUUGGCUUUGAUGGUGGAUUUUGGAUUAGGCCUAAUCUCUUAGCUAGGGCAAAACUGCCAUUUACUCUAAUGGGAGAGAUUUGCCUAUGUAAGAAUUACAGGACUCGUGUCCUUUAUCUACCUGAGAGACCAGAAAAGCUUCUUUAGAGUUGUCCUUGUCUUAUAUAAGUUUAGAUGGGACUUGUUUUACAUAUCAUACAUAUUUAUAUAUAGUGUAUUUUUAAUGCCUUCCUCCCCCGUAGACUGAAGCCGGUGUUCUGUAAAUAUGUAUUUAGGUACGUAAUAAAAAAUAAAAAAAAUCCCGUUGAGAUUUCUUUGAAAGGCAGUUACUGCGCAUGCACAGUAGCCACUUUUGUCUUUUAAAUUUGUAUUUAAGACAUUUCUUUUUAAUAAUAACAAAGGUGAGGAGACUGUAUCUCAUUCUGAUUGAUUGCCAAAAUGAUUUCCCAGACUCUUGUGUUCGAGUUCAAGAAGAAAAAUGCAUUCAAUGGGUGACCGUCACGGUUGCCCAGUGGUUCACACUCCUUGGGCCAAAUUCUGGUAACCUCACGUAGGUUGUUCAGGUCCUCCCACAUGCAGGGACCGCGCUGAAGCGGUGGGAUCAUAGCAAAGCAUGCACGGUUUUGUGAGCGUAAUUUCAGGCUGUGUGGUCUGACCCAUUUGUCACGGCAUCUCCCCUGACUCAUAGGGAGUUGCAUCCUGCCCACUUUAGUGCUGUUUUCCUGAAGAAGGCUGGGUGAGUGACCUGGCAAAUGACCACUUCUCUCCCAGGUUACAAUUUUUUGGUUCUGUCACAAAUUUUCUGAGCUCAAAUUGAGGAAUCUUUUAAAUUAAGAGUUUAUUCCAGAAGCCUGUGAAGACACUGGGAAUCGUCCCAUUGCUUUACGUGGUCAUUGGAACAUGCUCUUAUAAAAAGGAGUUCAGAAAUGGUCACUGUGGCAGUGGUGCAUGUAAGCAGCCCUAAUGUAAACCUGUAUCCCCCUGCUAAAAAACUUUUUGCCGCUAUAGACUGAACUAUGGCUCUUGUUUGGUUUUGUUUUGUUGUUUUUUGGGGUUUUUUUUUUCUUCUUAGUAUACAUGCAUACACAUGGUUCCACAUCUGUAUGUGUGUACUCUGUACCUGUGUGAGUGUUGUACAACCAUGUGAGAGUGUGAGUCUGUAUGUGUGUAUAAAUAAAAGAAGCUGCAGAAACUUUGUAAUACUUUGUGAAAAGGAUUAUAUUAUAAAGGUUUGUACUGUCUUGAGUGCACAGCUACUGGAAUAAAUGUAGGGAAUCUCAGGAACAAGCAUAUAAUUUGUCCAAGAAUUAUUUCUUCUCAGAAGUGUAAGUGCAGUUUUUAAUUCUGUAUAUUAUUUAAUAUUUUACCAAUAAAAAUAAACUUCUGACAUGAAAGGGUUUUCCAUUCAA